GCCGGCGUUAUCCUGCUAAUCGCCUAAAAAAGGAACAGAUACUGGUAAUCAAGAUUCAAUCAUAUACCAAAAGAGAGGGUUCGAAGGUGAGGGCAUAUGGCAUCGGCAGCGUCUUCUCUGGCAUCGCAGUUCUCGGGGCUCCGCCGCGAGGCUGCUAAGCCUUCCUUUUCCACUGCCCAUCUUUUCCACGGCGUCCAAUCCCAGCUGCGUCUCCCCUCGGCCCGCCGCCCUAUCAGAAGUGUCGUUGCCAUGGCCGGCACUGGAAAGUUUUUUGUUGGAGGCAACUGGAAAUGUAACGGGACUAAAGAUUCUAUCAGGAAACUUGUUGCAGAUUUGAAUGAUUCGAAGUUGGAGAAUGACGUAGAUGUUAUUGUGUCACCACCAUACGUUUAUAUUGAUGUGGUCAAGCAAUCGUUGACUGAACGUAUUGAAAUAUCUGCUCAGAAUUCUUGGGUUGGUAAAGGUGGAGCUUUUACUGGAGAAAUCAGCGUGGAGCAAUUGAAAGAUAUUGGUUGCAAAUGGGUUAUCCUUGGCCAUUCUGAGCGUAGACACAUUAUUGGUGAGGAUGACCAGUUUAUUGGGAAGAAGGCAGCAUAUGCCCUGAGCCAGAAUCUUAAGGUAAUUGCUUGUAUAGGCGAGAAGUUGGAAGAGAGGGAAGCAGGAAGAACCUUUGAUGUGUGCUUCGAGCAGAUGAAAGCUUUUGCAGACAGUAUAUCAAACUGGAAGGAUGUUGUUAUCGCAUAUGAGCCCGUAUGGGCUAUCGGCACUGGAAAAGUGGCUACUCCUGAGCAAGCUCAGGAAGUGCAUGUUGCUGUGCGCGAUUGGGUUAAGAAAAAUGUGUCACCUGAAGUUGCUUCCUCCACCCGUAUCAUCUAUGGAGGUUCUGUAAAUGGAGGCAAUUGUUCUGAGCUUGCCAAACAAGAAGAUAUUGAUGGAUUUCUUGUUGGAGGUGCCUCACUUAAGGGGCCAGAAUUUGCCACCAUUGUCAACUCAGUCACCGCGAAGAAAGUCACUGCAUGACGACGAUUCAUCCAUGUUUCGGGUUGCUGCUUGGAUGCAAACUCAAAUAAUAAGUAUGAUUCUUCUGUACCUGAGUCAACUAUCCCUUUGUGAUCACAUGGGAUUUUGAUAUAUGUUCUCUAAAUUUUUUUUAGAAUAAGUUUCAACCGAAGUUGUAUGAAUGAAUCCAUAUGCUACCUCUGCUUGGCAUUCUGAAAUUUAGAAUUAUCUAGGAAAUAUUAAAUUUAGAAUUUUAGAAUUAUCUCGA